AGCGUUUUUCGCAAAAUUUACUCUAGUAAAACUCUAGUAACAAUGAUCUAAAAUCAAAUGCACAAAUUUUGUACAAAUUAUAUGAGUAUCGUCUUUAGAAAUUGCACAAAAUGGGAUGCAUAUGCUGUUCUCUAAGUUCAUUUACAUCUAUAGUAUUAGAUGCCCUUGAAAGAAUAUCAUUAUGUACAGUAUGCGCGAUGUUAACCUGCUGCCUCAUGUUCACAAUAAUGAUUGUCAUGAUUCUGGGUAUUGGGAUAGGUUUCCACUAUUGUUCUGUGCAAAAUUCUGUUGAAGCCAUGGCCAAAGCCGCCGAGGCAGCUGGAGCUAUGCGGCAGGGGGAACAAAAUCGUAGAUCUGGUGGUUUACCCGCGGGAAUGAUGCGCUCCGUAGACAAGGCGGUGAAGAGAGGAUUCGCCCAUAGAUUGCAGCGUAGAGACGUAGACACGCCUCCCGAAUCCAACAACAAAACUGCUUCCAUAGACCCUAGUCAGUUCAGGAAAACAUUGUUCAAUACAUUUGCAAACAUGACCUAAUUUGUUGGCUGACAA